AGCCCUCCGGGAGAGCCGGGCCCCGGCGGGAUGUUUCACGGUAUCACGGGGCCGCCCGGCAUGGGAGCCCCCGGGAACAAGCCGGAGCUGUAUGAGGAGGUGAAGCUCUACAAGAACGCACGGGAGAGGGAGAAGUACGACAACAUGGCCGAGCUCUUUGCGGUGGUGAAGACGCUGCAGGCCCUGGAGAAGGCCUACAUCAAGGACUGUGUCUCACCCAAUGAGUACACAGCCGCCUGCUCCCGCCUCCUGGUCCAGUUCAAAGCUGCCCUCAAGCAGGUCCAAGGUGCUGAGAUCAGCUCCAUCGAUGACUUCUGCCGCAAGUUCCGGCUUGACUGUCCCUUGGCCAUGGAGAGGAUCAAGGAGGACAGGCCCAUCACCAUCAAGGAUGACAAGGGCAACCUCAACCGCUGCAUCGCCGACAUCGUCUCUCUCUUCAUCACAGUGAUGGACAAGCUACGCCUGGAGAUCCGAGCCAUGGACGAGAUCCAACCAGACCUGCGGGAGCUGAUGGAGACCAUGAACCGCAUGAGCCACCUGCCCCCCGACUUCGAGGGCAGGCAGAAGGUCAACCAGUGGUUGCAGACCCUCAGCGGGAUGUCGGCGUCAGACGAGCUGGAUGACUCCCAGGUCAGGCAGAUGUUGUUUGACCUGGAGUCAGCCUACAACGCCUUCAACCGCUUCCUCCAUGCGUGACCCCCUCCCCAAGCCCCCAUGGAGCCUCCCCGCGCCCUCCCCGUCCCUUACUGGUGGUUAGGAGAAGCU